AUGUGGCCAGUCCUUCCCAGUGGUCAACUUAAUGAGAAUUUUGACUGGCCCAUAGAAGGACUGCUUGUUCCCAAGAGUCCUCCCAUGAAGAAGCCCAUCUGUAAGACAGUGGAGCAGUGUGUUCCUGUGAAACUCCGAGUUCUGCAAAAUGGAGACAACAUUAAAAAGAGGGCUCUUACUAUAAUUGGUCCAGGCAUGUCAUCUAGAUGGAAAGCCCAGUGCACUGAAAUUUUAAAAUUACCUUCUGCAGCUCGGAGACUGUUCAGUGAAAAGGGAAAGGAAAUCUUUGACUUAAAAGACCUGCAAAGAGAUGAACUGGCACUGGGGAAUUUCACUAAUGAGUAUGUGAUGCCAGACAGGGACAGAUUACCCAAUAAGCAAGUUCUUGUUUUAGAAGUCCAAAGUGACAUUGUAUCUGGAGCCAAGCUUGCUGUGCAUAAACCUGUAACAAAUUUUGGAGACAAGAAGCAAAUUAUGGACCCAGAGGAAAAGCAAAUGCAAAAAAAUGCUUCAACAAGGGAAAAUGCUUCGGGUGAAAUUCUAGAUGCACAUGCAAGAACCCACCUUCGAAUGAAGGCUUCUCACACACAUCUCAAGUAUGCCUGGCAGGAAACUCCUCAUGAAUUUGAUGAAUCUGACACUCUUCCAAAAACAAUGGAAGAGGAACUCUUUGAAAAAGUGGAACCACAGAAGAAAUUCAGGUAAAAAUGUCACAAGUGUUCACCAAGGCAUGGUAAAUUGCAGAAGCUUUGCCAUCAGCAGUUUGAAUACAGAGAUGGGCAGAUUCUAAACCAUGCUGUUCCUCAACUUGUCCUGGGGGUACAAAGUCCCAAGCUCCGUUCAGGCACUGAAGUGGUUUUGGUUGAGAAGAAAUCUGGUGAUAGUCAUCAAUGUUGGAUAUACAAGGAAGGCAGCAGGACAUUUCAUCUGGUGAGUAACCCAGAUCUGGUGCUGGCGGUGAAUAUGAUGAAAGCUGGAAAUGCACUUGGUGGCUAUCCAGUUAUUGUUCAGAAAUAUAAGCCAUAUAACAAUGGGGCUUCCAAUCAAAAAUGGCAUUACAUGGAAAACAUGAAAGCUUUCAUGGCUUUUCAUAGUACCGUGCUGGAUAAGGAAAUCACAGCAGCUAAUUAUGCUGGUAUUUGCACAUCCUCUGUGAUUAAAGAAGAAAACAUUGACCAACCGGGAUAUUAUUUUCUCUCACCUGGUGGAAAGAGAAAAACAAUGCUGUGCUUGGCUUGUGGACGAUCCAGGAGAGCAGAGAAAGGACUGAAACAGUUGCUACCAGGGGUCCCAUUCCUCUGUGCCUCUGGCUCCAAGACCCAGAAGCCUUUCUCCCUAGGGCCCUUCAAGGUCAUCACUGUAGCCAAGGCGGAUUUAUCUUCUUAUGAAGCUGAGAAAACUCUAGGUUAUUAUGAAGGACUCCAGUUAUCUUUACGGAUGAAGACUUACACACAAGCUGUAUCUCAUAGUGGUACGGCAAGUCCACACCAGAAGGCAGUAAAAAUAAUUGCUUACAAAAAUGGGAAUGGAUAUCAUAAUGGGAAGUUAAUUGUGGUGGAAACAUUCCCCAUGCUUCUUACAGAAUGCACGAAACAACUUGGUCUAUCCAGAGCAGCCUCCAAAGUGUAUACCAAAGAUGGAACCACAAUUCUUACUCUGUGUGAUUUAGUUUUAUGGGCUCUAGAUGAGUCCUUUGUCCUGAGAGACUCUGAACAUCGAAAGAAACAUGAUGCCCCUGUUGGAACAGAAGAGGCAACUGUUAAAAAAAAUCCAAGCACAAAAAUGAAAAACAACUCAUUUUCAAAGUCUGUGACAUCUGAUAGUUUGAAUGGUAUAGAUGAGUCUUUGCUUGAACUUGUCCUCAGAGAUCCUAUUGCCAUCUGGGUAUCUUGUGGUGAACAGUUUCUGCCUCUGAAUGAUUUGCAGAAAACAGAAAAAUUAGAGAAGCAGAACUGGGUCAGAAAGGACAACAUCAUGGCUGAUCUAGAUACAAUGAAACACAAAAUGAGGCAGUUAAAAGGACGACGAGUAGCAGCAUGUCAGCCAGCUACCAUGGUUCCCACCAAAAGCCCUGAGCAGCCAGUGGUGGUAGAGGGAGGCUGGACUGAGCAGACUCAAGAGGAAAUUAAACUCAUGGAACUUAUAAGACAUACAGAGGAACAUCUCUCUCAAGUCCAAGAACUGCAACCCAAAAGAGAGUCUCUAAUUUCAACUAAACGUACAACAAUCAAGCGGAACAGCCUGUAUAAGCAACCCAAUACAAAGCGAGUGUGGGUUUAUCUAAAUGGACGCAGACCUGAGGAAGGCGCUUUUGCCUGGGGCAAAACCAUUUCAGAGCUGUUGGACGACUGUUCAUCUCGUCUUAAAAUGGUCCACCCAGCCAGAAUGCUGUACACCCCAAAUGGAGACUUGAUUCAGUUGUGGGAUGACGUAGAGCAAGACAUGGUCGUCUGUGUGUCCACAGGACAUGGCUUUGUAACCCAGAAAGAGGUAAAGCAACUGCUGGAGGUUAGAGCAAAUUAUGCCAGAAUCCGAAGACAGGAGGGUCCUCAGGCCACAGACAUUGUGGUAUCUCCAUCAUUGAAGCUGCUCUCUCUGGUACAUCUCUGCCAUUUAUUCCUAUCACAGCACUCUAUUUAUUCUGCAGUUCACUGUUAUAACUUCUGUCUAGUAUUUGAUGCCUCAAAUCUGUUCCUGGAAAGCCAGAAAAAUGAGGCAACGUAA